UGGGAACAUCUUUGAUUUGAUCAUGACCCCAUCCAUGUGAGCUGUUGGUUUCUCCACUUCAAAGACUCUCUCACACUUUUGGUGUUUUCCCCUGACAACUUUUCUCGUUGCUGCAAACAGCACAACAUGAUACAGGUCUACAUUCGAGAGACAGCGCCCUCUAAUGGCUGCAGGAGGAGUGGCGACAGAGGUUCAUGAAAUCUGUCCACGGAGAGACAGGAGGCUCUCUGAUGCUUUAUGAUGACAGACCCACCUCAGGUUAGUCAUGUUCUCCUCUGAACUGAGGAGAAACAUCCACACUGCUCACUGUUUCACCCUCAGUCAGCCAGUGCAGAGGAUCUCACAAUUUUUUUUGCUCUAGCAGGUUUUACACAUACUCAGACGCUGUGUCUGAGUUGAUCAGAUAAAAUAACGAGUCACUUUAAAUAUGAACGGGUCAUUUAUCAGCAGUUAUAAAUCCCUGAAAGAUAUUUGCUGUCCAAAAAAAUCACAGUUAUUAUUAUUAUUAUUAUUAUUAUUAUUAUUAUUAUUGGUUUUAAAAAUCCAUCACUGCUUGUUUGUUAACAUGAGGCCCACUGCCACCAUCCUGCUGAAACUCCUGAUGUUCUUACUCACAUUUGCUGCGGGCCUGGCUCUGCAGGCACAUUAAGCUCUCAUCACAUUAUAAUACGACACAGGUUCAGCUUUAUCAAACCUCACAGUGUCCUCAGUCUCCAGGAAGCACAGUCGUUUAUUAAUUGCCUGACUUCACUGCAGGGUUGCAGCACUAUGGCAGCAGACAGUAUCUACACUGUGCUGCUGAUCACAGCUGCUCUACUGACCCAUACUAUAGAGCAUUAAGAGUAUUGAUCAAAAUCACCUGAUCACAUGAUCAGUUUGAAGCUGGUCAGUUUCAGCAGCAGUGUGCAUGUGUGUGUGUGUGUGUGUGUGCAGACUGUGCAUAUGUAUUUAAAUCCUGUGAGUGUGUGUUGUGUGAAAGUUGGUAAUGGGCUCCUUUAUAGUUACACACACAUAGGCUGGUGCGGUCCUGUCCUUUCACCAGGUCCUGAUGUCUCUCUGGUAAACUAGCUCCAUACCUGCUGACCUUAAACCAGGUUGUAAUCCAAUUUCUGAAUGUUCCACCACAAUGGUUCAAAGCUGAACUUGGUCCCCACAAUGGCCGAAAAACACACACCCACCCGCACGCACGCCCUGCAGACAUCUGUAUUUAUGGUACAUGUCAGAUCUGUCAUGUCGGAGCUGCAGCAUUCUCCUCUGGAUUGAACCCUGGCUGAUGAAACCCAUGAGUCUACAAUGAAACCCAUGUGUAGUUGGGUUUGCUGCAGUUCAAGGACAGACCCCCCCAGCACGCACGCACGCACACACACACACACACACACACACACACACACACACAAUUGCCCUCACCCCCCAGCUCCCUUCCAUUAAAAGGGUUUGGUCCUCAAACAAAACCACCAAGUGCCUGCAGCCCGACCACAAAUCAAACAUAGUCCUUACACACCAAAGUGCAUGUAGUGUUCUCACUCAGAGUGUAGCAACUCUGGUUUAACACCGAGUUAAACCGAGUCAAAUAAAAGACGAGUCGUGGUGGAGUUGACCUUUAAUACUCAAUGGUCUUCAAUGACAUUGGACAUGACGGUGAAAACUGCAGAAAUACAGAAGAAAUAAUAUUUUAAAUAACUGAAAUACAUGAAUUGACAAAGCUGUAAGCUGUUUUUUUAUGCGUAAACAGGGUAGGCAAAAUGUCCUUUUUAAUUACACAUAAAUUAUAUAUUUGUAGCAACUAACCAUAUUUAUCAUUUUUUAAAACCUUAAACAUGAAAUGUGCAAACUUACGGCGUUGCCUAUACAAUAUUUCAAAGUGGAUGGCUACGGAUAGCUUCAUAGCAUGUCUGCCUCCCUCUCUGUCCAGGAAGAAAAGGACUGUAAACAGGAAAUUAACCAAUACCUGUGACCUAACAGGAAAUGAGGUGACCAGCAGCUUGACUGUCAAAAUAAAGGAAUUUCUUAACAACAUUUAACUUUUUUACAGUCAUUUUUUUAACUACAAAACAUACUAGUUUAAUUAUUUUAAAGCACACUGUAAAUAUAAAAAACAGAAAUGCCUGAGAGGCAUCACACUCCCCGUCUGGCCUAUGUGAGGCCACUAUGAACUUGCAGGGUCUGAGACAUUAGUCUUAGUCCAAUUAGUCCUUAGGCAGAAGCAGGACUACUUCUGCAACUGGCCUUAGAAAGAUUCUUGCAUCACCUUGGUCAGUGGUUUUUAUCUCGACCUUUCUGACAUGUCCAUCCUUUCCGGGGAAGGUCUCGGUGACUAUUGCCAUGGGCCAGCAGUUACGGACAGUCUGUUAAUCCCUGAGGAGUACCAGAUCUCCGACUUGAAGGUUUCUGCAUGGCAAAGUACAUUUUUGUCCUUGUUGCAAAGACGGUAAGUAUUCUUGUCUCCAGCGAGUCCAAAAUUGGUUUGCGAGCGCUUGAACUUGCCUCCAUUGCUUUGUGUAAAGAUCCUUGUCCGUGAAUUCUCCAUGAGGCGGUGGAACCCCUGACUUCUGUGUGAGAAGCAUCGCGGGUGAAAGAAUGAAUGGUUGUUGAGGGUCUGUAGACACAGGUAAGAGCGGUCGCGCGUUGAUGAUAGCUGUGGGUGUAUGAUGGGUAUGCAUUUGUGGAGGACUGAGUUAAUAAGUCUCUUGCCACCCAAAAUCCACAGCCCAGCUGCCCUUACUGCACCUUCGGUGAGACGGCAACCUUGAUGUCUCACUUGCUCAUGAUGAUGUACAAGCAGUAGGGAGAUGUGACUGUCUUUAGCUAGGAUUACUGGGUUCUUCUCUUGAACUGUAAGCUCAGAGUGUUUCAAUCUGCCUCCAACGCAGAUGAGGUGGCCCUCUAAAGUUGGACUGAGCUUGUGCAAAGGGCUGUUUGAUGGCACCGCUUUGUCAUCUUGAAGGGCUGAGAGCUCUCUUGUAAAGGUUGACCUUUGUGCAGCUUGAAGAAUAACAUCUUUGGCUUGAGUCAUCUCUUCCACAGUAGGAGGUAAGUGAUAUCUGUGCCAUCCUGAGCACUCACUGUUUUUGUUAUUAUGUUUGUGAGAUCUUGCCAUGUGGCUGAGGAACGCUACUGCUCGUAGUAGAGAGUUGAAAGUAGAAAAGUGCUGAAAGCGGUCAGAGGUGAGUCCAGGUUCCUCCAUGUAAGUAGCGCAGGUACGAACCUGUAGUCGGAUCUCUGAAUCCUUUUCCGGUUCAAUGAGCUCAAACGUCCCACUAGUUUGUAUUGUUGUCUCGACAGAUGGCUGACGCAGGAAUGAAGGCCCCGUGAACCAAGAACUCUGUGCAAGAUGGGAUGCAGGCAAAGAUCUUGAUGCAUGGUCUGCAGGGUUUUCUUCUGUGCGUACGUAGUGCCAUUGUUCUGGUGUAGAAGAUUGUCGGAUGCGUUGAACUCUGUUGUGGACGUAUGUAUAGAAGCGUUUUGUUGUGUUACAGAUAUACCCGAGCACCACCUUGCUGUCCGUGUAGAAUCUGAUAGCAUCCAGUUUCAGAUCGAGCUCCUCUUGGAUGAGAUCUGCCAUCUCUACAGCAAGAACGGCGGCGCAGAGUUCAAGGCGUGGGAUUGUGGGUUCCGACUGAGGCGCUAACUUGGCUUUGCCCAUAACCAGACCCACUUCAACUUCUCCGUCCUCUUGAAGUGCUCUCAGAUAAGCGACGGCUCUGAUCGCCUUAGUCGAAGCAUCUGAGAACACACACAAUUCUGUGUGCACAGUGGUGAGGAGUGAAGUUGGGGUGUAGGUGCGUGGUACAUGCAGCUCCUUUAAGACUUGAAGAGAAUCUCUCCAGGUUUCCCAUUUCUUCAGCUUGUCCUCUGGUAGGGGUUUAUCCCAGUCAGAUAGCUCUGAGGUAAGUUCCCGAAGGAGGGCUCUUCCCUGGAUCGUGACAGGUGCCAACAAACCCAGGGGAUCAAAAACGCUGUUGACAGUAGAGAGGACUCGGGUGAAAGGUUUGACAAUAGUGGAUGCAGAGAACGUGAAUGUGUCUGACUUGAUCUCCCAUAGCAGGCCCAAGCUCCGCUGCAUGGGUGCUGUUUCUCCGCUCAGAUCCUUGACAACUGGAACACAGUCCUCGGGUGGGAAAGCUCCAAUGACAAUUGGGUUGUUCGACAUGAACUUAUGCAGGCAAAGGUUUGAUUCGGCAAGUGAAGCCUGAGUUCGACGGAGAAGAUCGAUUGCUUCUGCUUCAGAUGGCAAGGACAGCAAGCCAUCGUCUACAUAAAAAUGUCUCCACAAACUUCACUGUGUCAGGUCCAUAUUUCUGGGAGCCUUCAGCGAUGGCUCUUCGCAGGCCAUAAAUGGCUACAGCAGGAGAUGGCGAAUUGCCAAAAACAUGAACUCUCAUGUGUUAAACGCUAAUCGGCUUACUGAGGUCGUUAUCCUCAUACCACAAAAAACGAAGGAAGUUGCGAUGGUUCUCAUGUAGCAGAAAACAAUGAAACAUUUGUUGAAUGUCGGCUAGGAAAGCGACUCUCUCCUUCCGAAAACAUAGAAGAACCCCUGGGAGAGAAUUGUUAAGGUCAGGACCUGUCAGAAGCACGUCAUUGAGGGAGACGCCGGAGCACUGGGCGCUGGAAUCAAAAACUACCCCGAUUUGAUUGGGCUUCUGUGGGUGGUAUACUCCGAACGACAGAAGAUACUAGCACUCCUCGUCUGGCUCCAAUGGCGGCGCAACUUCUGCAUGACGGUUGGCGAAGAUCUUCUCCAUGAACGACACGUAUUGUUCCUGCAUCUUAGGGUUCCUCUUGAAUUGUCGUUGCAGGGAUUGACUGCAUGCUCUCUGUUAUUUGGCAAGCGCUCACGUGGCUCCUUGAAGGUUAACGGGGCGACCCAGUUCUGAGCGUCGUCUUUGUGGACGUUGGUGUCCAUGAUCUUCAGAAAGAGAACGUCUUCUAUUGACGGAGCAGGUUUGUUAUCAUGUUUGGUUUGGUCCAACCAUAGACUGUAUAUAAGAUGGACAGAGUCUGCCUCCUCGCUGGGUGAAGCCACUCCGAGAACAGCACCCUCUGAUGGUGGGCUGCAGUAUAGAUCAUAAAUCCCGCCUCCGCCAGCAAAGCUUAUGGGACUGUGGACAAACUUUAGAAAUUUAUUACACAGAACAUACACACGUGGACAAAAUUGUUGGUACCCCUCAGUUAAAGAAGGAAAAACCCACAAUUCUCACUGAAAUCACUUGAAACCUACAAAAGUAACAAUAAAUAAAAAUUUAUUGAAAAUUAAAUAAUCAAAAUCAGCCAUUACGUUUGAAAUGUUGAUUAACAUAAUUAUUUAAAAAAAACAAACUAAUGAAAUAGGGCUGGACAAAAAUGAUGGUACCUCUAUAAAAGAUUGAAAACUAUUUGACCAGAGUGACAUGAUUAACUCAGGUGUGUCCUUUAAUUGACAUCACAGGUGUUUCCAAACUCAUAAUCAGUCAGUCUGCCUAUUUAAAGGGAGACAAGUAGUCACUCUGCUGUUUGGUGAAAAGGUGUGUACCACACUGAACAUGGACAACAGAAAGCGAAGGAGAGAAUUGUCCCAGGACAUCCGAAAAAAAAUUAUAGACAAACAUCUUAAAGGUGCAGGCUAUAAGACCAUCUCUAAACAGCUUGAAGUUCCUGUGACAACAGUGGCUCAUAUUAUUCAGAAGUUCAAGACCCAAGGGACAGUAGCCAACCUCCCUGGACGUGGCCGCAAGAGGAAAAUUGAUGACAGAUUGAAGAGACAGAUCGUUCGAAUUGUAUCCAAAGAGCCCAGGACAACCUCCAAAGAAAUUAAAGGUGAACUCCAAGGCCAAGGUACAUCAGUGUCAGAUCGCACCAUUCGUCGUUGUUUGAGCCAAAGUGGACUUCAUGGGAGACGACCAAGGAGGACACCACUGCUGAAAAAAAAUCAUAAAAAAGCGAGACUGGAAUUUGCAAAAAUGCAUGUUGACAAGCCACAAAGCUUCUGGGAGAAUGUCCUUUGGACAGAUGAGACCAAACUGGAGCUUUUUGGUAAGGCACAUCAACUCUAUGUUCAUAGACUCAAAAACCAAGCAUACGAAGAAAAGAACACUGUCCCUACGGUGAAACAUGGAGGAGGCUCAGCAAUGUUUUGGGGCUGCUUUGCUGCAUCUGGCACAGGGUGUCUUGAAUGUGUGCAAGGUAAAAUGAAAUCUGACGACUAUCAAGGCAUUCUGGAGAGAAAUGUGCUGCCUAGUGUCAGAAAGCUUGGUCUCAGUCGCAGGUCAUGGGUCUUCCAACAGGACAACGAUCCAAAACACACAGCCAAAAACACCCAAGAAUGGCUGAGAGAAAAGCGUUGGACUAUUCUAAAGUGGCCUUCCAUGAGCCCAGAUCUGAAUCCCAUUGAACAUCUGUGGAAGGAGCUGAAACAUGCCAUUUGGAGAAGACACCCAUCAAACCUGAGACAACUGGAGCAGUUUGCUCAUGAGGAGUGGGCCAAAAUACCUGUUGACAGCUGCAGAACGCUCAUUGACAAAUACAGAAAUCGUUUAAUUGCAGUGAUUGCCUCAAAAGGUUGUGCAACAAAAUAUUAAGUUAUGGGUACCAUCAUUUUUGUCCAGCCCUAUUUCAUUAGUUUGUUUUUUUAAAUAAUUAUGUUAAUCAACAAUUCAAAAGUAAUGGCUGAUUUUGAUUAUUUAAUUUUCAAUAAAUUUUUAUUUAUUGUUACUUUUGUAGGUUUCAAGUGAUUUCAGUGAGAAUUGUGGGUUUUUCCUUCUUUAACUGAGGGGUACCAACAAUUUUGUCCACGUGUGUACAUUUUUCUCCCUCCUGCUUGUGAUGUUGACAUGUAGUUAUUGUAAGACUGGUUUGUGCCCAAGUCCUUUUUUUUCUGUACAGCUCCAUUUUUAAAAGUUAUUAGGGGGUUCAUGUUUUCUAUGAUUGACACCUGGUACAGCCUAUGGGCGUUCAGGGACUGCGUAGGUUUUCCGGGGGGGAUACGCUGAUUGAGCCGAGCGUCAUCACAGGGACUCUCGGCGACUGCGCGGCCGAAUGCGCACAACGCUACUGCACAGCUCUGGUUUCAAGGAAGUGGAGAAAACCCGGAAUUGCCAAGAGCUUUUUGGCUUCAAAUCCGUAUACAGGCAGAAGGCGGAACCACGUUGUCCAUCUUAUAUACAGUCUAUGGGUCAAACACUGUGCAUCUGAGCAUCUUCUCUAGGGAUUUGUUAAGCUGGCUGAAGCUUGUUUGUGUUUCCUUGACAUGCAUGAAACUUGUGCAAGGCUGGAAAAUGGAAUGGCGACCACCAUCUAACACAUGGGUCUUGAAUGUGUCAACUGUGGGCUUAUGUACAUCACCUAGGCACACUUCUCCUAUCACCACCCAGCCGAGAUCUAGGCGUUGUGCAAAGGGAGCGUUAUGUGGUCCGUUGAUUUGUUGCCUGACCUUGUGUGCUCACAUUGAACAGCUCAAAGAACUCUGGUCUCACUAAAGAGCGGUUGCUCUGGUCAUCCAGGAUUACAUAAGCUUUGAUAGCUUUGUGCUUUGAAUGUUCGUGGUAACUCUUGCCAGACAGGAGCAGGAACGACUCCACUGACCUAGGCCACAAACUACUGUGCAACUUGUUCUAACAUCAGUCAGGUUAGAUUCUUCUCCCUCCCCGACGUUCUUUUGUUGCAGUGGAGAAGCCUUGGUGGGUUGAAGCGGUGGGCCAGGGUGCAUGGCUGCAUCAUGAUAGGUGCUUUCACACUCUGAACACUUCACAGAAGAUUUGCAGUCUUUGGCUACAUGUGAGGUCGAAGAACAACACUUGAAGCAUAGUCCUUUCUGUUUUAGAAAAGCCUUUCUUUCGUCAAUGGAUUUGUGUCUGAAUGUUCUACAUUUUUUGAGUGGGUGUGGUUUAUCGUGCAGUAGGCAGUUCUUGUUUGGGUCGUUGUGGUUUGUAGAGACCUCUGUUUUGUGAACUGUGAUUGCUCUGUUUGUGUUAAAACUCUUCACAGGAAGUCGUUCUGGCUUUGUAGGAUUUGGCCACUGCUUUGAUGGAUAAAGCUGGGGUCAUUUCGCUUCUUUGCCUCAUGGCACACAAAGUCACAAAAAUAGAGGAAGGGAGGGAAGCGACCAUUGUUCUCUUCUUUGUACCAUGACCCAGAUGACACCCACUUUUCCUGGAGUCCGUAUGGAAGCUUGUCUACGAUUGGUCUAAUACCUUGGGAGGUAUCUAAAUACAACAGCCCAGUGAGAUAUCCAUCCUCUUUGGCUCCUAGUAUCUCCAUGAGAAGGUCUCAGAGUUCGCGUAAUUUGGUGUGGUCUUUGGCUGAAAUCCUCGGAAAGCUGUCCAGUCUGUGGAACAGUGACUGCUCGAUUAUCUCAGGGGCGGCAUAGCAGUCUCUCCCAUGCCUUGCGUAGAGCUAAAUAGGCGUUGCUCAUGUGCACUGAGCAUAUGCAUCUUACUUGCUCGCUGGACUCUUUCC